AUGAACAAGCUCGCGUCGAGUUUGGCAAAGAGCAUGAGCACGAAUGGGGUUAACCCGAAUGGGGACGGCAACACUGGGAGGUUUACCAACGCUGCUACGAGGCCGAACCUCACUAUUGACACGAGAGGAGAGAGUAAUAAUGGGGGUGCGACAUCGGCGGAUGCGAUCCCGAUUGAUACGCGGAAUGUGGGGAGUGCGUCCAUGAUUGGGCUCAAGUCGGAAUUCGAGUCGGAUGAGCCCAACUCGCCUACGACUCCUAACAAGAAACGUGUCACCUUGUUUUCGAACGCGAAUCAUCAUUUGAACUCGAGUCCGCACCCAAACGUUACCAUCAACACGAGCAACUUUGCCGCUACGGGGCCUGGAGGGAGACCAAUAUCGACGGGACAGUAUGGGCAGAGUUCAGGCGGCUCAUCGCACCCGCGUCCGUUCAACUUUGCGGGGAAUAGCGCGACGCUGUCUCGUCGCUCCCUUGCCAUGCGGGCUCUUGCCUUCCGUCUACUAGGAUACAUUCUCAUUCCAACGAUUUGCAUCUUGCCUGGUGUCAUUCAAGACUUGUUUGGCAAGGUCGAUCCCGUCGCCGGAUCCCGUGUCCCCGACGCAGUCACUACCCUCCUCGAUACUCUCAACGGCCUCGUAGGAUUGUUCAACGCGAUAUUGUAUGCCUAUGAUCCGGCUCUGUUGGCAUUGUACCAGAUCAUGAAGAACGAGAGAAGGGAGAAACGGUACUUUGACGCCAAAGAAGGAGAUGCGUCGCCACCCCGACAAAAUCCUAAUAACCAAGGAGAUGUAGAGAUGGGGCAAGUCAAUACCGUCUAUGUCACUCCUCCUGAAUCUCCUGUUGAGGGUGAAGCGCCUGGGUUCUUGGGUAUCCUUCGUGGCAAUCACAAACGCGCACGAAGCAACACAAGCCGCUCUGGUCGUUCCAACCAACGCCUUAAUGGCGAGCCUGAAAGUGGUCCAGGUAGUGGGACUACCACACCGGGAGGCAGGCGAGUCGAAAAGACAGAGCUGGAGAACGGAACCAAGGUCGAAGUACGAACGGGCAAGUUCCUCACUCCGAUCCUCAUCGGUAGCAAGACGCGUAAAGCCGAACGAGCAUUGCCGACCCCGCGUAACUUUAUCGACAUGAGCAGCCAGCAUUCGUUGGGUUUGUCUGGGUAUGCGAGCGCGGAUGAUGGCGGAAUGAGCGAUACGGGCAAUCCCAUGGCGGCUCGUAGAUACUAUGGACCGCCAAGCCCUGGUAUUAUGGUUCAAGUCGACGUUCAAAUCCGGGACGACCAGGACCGCGACCUCGAACGUCUCGAGAGAUACCUCGGAGGACUCUAA